AUGGUUGCCGACCUGGACGUGCUGCCAGCUGCCAUCGGGCCUUCCCCCGGGGCCCCGCCACGGGUCUUACCCUUCUACGUGGAGAAGUGCAACAGCAGUGCCUGGGUGCUGCACGUCCUGGCCUCCCUGGGCACCGGCUUCGACUGUGCCAGCCAGCUGGAGCUGGAGCAGGUGCGGGGCCUGGGCGCAGCCCCCUCGCACAUCAUCUAUGCCAACCCCUGCAAGCCUGUCUCCCACACAUACGCUGCCCGCCACGGGGUGUGGCUCCUGACCUUUGACAAUGAGGGGGAGCUGACCAAGGUGGCCCAGCAUCACCUCGAGGCCAGGCUGGUCCUCUGGCUCUGGACCCAGGACAAUGAGAGCAUCCUCCCCCUGAGUGCCAAGUUUGGGGCCCCCCUGGAUGUAUGUGAACAUCUGCUCGGGUUGGCCAGGGACCUGGGGCUGGCUGUGGUUGGAACAAGCUUCCACGUGGGCUCGCACUGCCAGGCAGCGCACAGCUCCAUGCAGGCCAUCGCUGACUGCCGGCGUGUGUUGGAGAUGGGCCGCACCUUUGGGCCAACGUGACCCCCUGGACAUCGGAGGGGGCUUCCCGGAGUGGAGGGCUCAGAACUGAAGUUUGAGGAGAUGGCGAGAGUGAUCGAUGCUGCCCUGGCCCAGGACUUCCCGGAGGGGAGCGGUGUUGAGAUCAUCGCGGAGCCUGGACGCUUAACGGCAUCUGUGUGCAUGGCCGCUGUCAAUACCACUGCCAAGAAGGCUGUGCUGCAGGCAGGAGGCCACCAGAAGCUGGUGUAUGACCUCAAGGGCUACUACGGCAUCUUCUGCAUCUUCCUCAGGGAGCCUGUCCCCACGAUGCCAUCCUAG